AUCGGGCGAUGCGGUGACGUCGGUGUUCGGGGGCGCUGCCAUUGGCGGCGGCGGGGUGACGGGCGAUGUGGCGCGUGCUGCGCCCGGCCGUUGCUGUGGGCCGCCGCGGGGCCGCCGUCCCUCCGGGGCGUUGCUGCUGUCGCCGCCGCCGCCAGCCGCUCGCGUCCGCCGCCGGCCUCUGCGGGGGGAAGGCCCGGGCCGAGAGUAGAACGGGUGCUGCCAUCACGAUGCCUGAAGUAAACACAGAUCACCUGGAUGAGCAGCAGGUGCAGCUCUUGGCAGAGAUGUGCAUCCUUAUCGAUGAAAAUGAUAAUAAGAUUGGAGCGGAUACCAAGAAAAACUGUCACUUGAAUGAAAACAUUGAUAAAGGUUUACUGCACCGAGCUUUCAGUGUUUUCUUAUUUAAUACAGAAAAUAAACUGUUGCUGCAGCAGAGGUCAAAUGCAAAAAUUACAUUUCCAGAUUGUUUUACCAACACCUGUUGCAGUCACCCUCUAAGCUAUCCAUUAGAACUGGAAGAAAAUAAUGCCAUUGGUGUUCGGAGAGCAGCACAGAGACGACUGAAAGCAGAGUUAGGAAUUCCCAUGGAGCAGGUAACUCCCGAAGAAAUCUCCUAUCUGACACGAAUUCACUACAAGGCCAAGUCUGAUGGGAUCUGGGGUGAACAUGAGAUAGACUAUAUCUUAUUUGUACAGAAGGACGUAACACUGAAUCCCGAUCCUAAUGAGAUCCAAAGCUACUGCUAUGUGACACAGAAAGAACUGAAACAGCUCUUGGACAAAGCCUCCAAGAAUGAAGUUAAGAUUACUCCGUGGUUUAAACUAAUUGCAGAGACCUUUCUUUUUAAGUGGUGGGAUAACUUGCCUAACUUGAACAAAUUUGUUGAUCAUGAAAAAAUACACCGAAUGUAAAUAGCUGGGGUGAAAGAUGCUGAAGGCUAGCAGUGAUGUGCUGUCUCAUUAACACUAUGGUAACUUGUGACUCUUGAGUGCAGAAAAGUGAUCCACCUGGAUGUUUAACAAAAACUUUAUAUAGAGAUAGUUAGAGCCAAUGUUUUUUCUUCUGUCUUCACCUGCUCUUCCCACCAGCCCUGUUCCUCUUGGGUGAGUUAAGCUCGGAUCUCACGUGAAAUGGGUAAUGGUAACGUAAGAAACCCCCUGGGUUCAUCUUUCUCUAUUACCUGACAUGAUACGAAGGAUCCUCAGCCUGUGUGUGCCCAGUUUGCUCUUCCCUCCUUGCGUAACUACACACACUGGCAGGGGAGUUCAGGCACCUCCUGUCCAGCUCAUUUGGUAGAGCUGGUACGCUCCCAACUGUACAGGACUACACCUUCUAAAAUAGUGACUAGAAUUUGAGUUCUGCACUGACGUUGAGAAGACUAGUUGCCUGAAGAAAAGAACAAUUAAAUCAAAGUAAUCAGGAUUAUUUUAAUUGCAGAAAGCAAAUCUCUUCAGCUACUGUACUCUAUAAUUAACCAAACUCAUAAAAGCUUAAGUAAUUGGA